AUGGCCCAAUCGACCACCAGGUCGUCGGCUGAAUGCUGCAAUACGUGUAUUGGCAAGACGUCGAAUGCUCCUUACAGUUAUGACCCUGUAAUCUUCGAUCAGUGCACGAGCGUCACAGGCGGAGUUUGUUGCUUUGAAUGUGGCAGUCUGGGUGAUCCAAUUUUUGGUGAUACUGUCUCGUAUGGAGACGAUGGAGUCACAGCCGUGGUCAAGGCAGGCACGUUUAUUUCAUUUACAUGGAGUGGCGUAUCGAAUGUCACGUACAUAUCACUUAAGAAGGGACAGAAGAAAAUUAUCACGCCUACUAUUACCGAUACAGCGGCUGAUGUCAAGUCCAAUACUUUUCUAAUCUGUGCCAGGUCAGAAGGAAUUAUUUACUUUCGAGGAUGGGGUAGUGAUCCAUGUCGUGAGGCAUCUCCAGAGCACUCAGUAACGGUUGAAGCAGGUGGCUCAGGUGCUAAUACAUGUAAUGCCAAUGAUGUUGUUGUACCAACAUCACCAAGUACCGAGGCAGAAUCGGGAUCGGGUUUCAUUCCGAAAGACGAUACGGUUGACAGCUGCAAUCCACAACGCGCUAGUAUUCAGGUGGUUGAUGGAACUCGAACGUGUGUCUGUGUUUCCGACUGGACUAAUCCACCAGAAUGCGAUCGGUGGCCGGUGUGGAAAUGGCUCGUCACGGUCGGUGGUGGUGUAGCUGCCUUGUUUUCCAUUAUUAUUUCAGUUCGAGCUUUCCUUGCUGGUCGGAAGAAAAAGGAGAAAGAGGAACUUGAGGAGACUUUGGCACCUAUGGGUUCCAAGAACGGGGUUGAGACCAUGACCGUGACGCCAGAAAGCGGAUUCCAUGACGGUUCAAAACCUUCUUACCAGUACAAUCCCGAGACGGAUCGUACCACUGGACCAGUCCGAAAGGCCGAGGACCGCGAAUUUACGCUGUGA